UCGCGUUCAAUGGUUUUAUUGCAGGUUUAGAAUAUCUUGGUUUCAUUUUAGCUGUAUUGUUUGUACCUGAAUAUUCCAAUGUGGGUCUUCGUGGAGAGGAUAAGCAAAUAUGGAGUUGUACCUGCACAUGGAGAUGAUCAAGAAGCAACUCGCUUGGGUCGCUAUUCUGUUUGGACUUUGAUAUCUCGUAAAUUGAGUGGUUCACGCGAGAGCUAUGAAGAAGCUAAAAUGGAAUAUAUUCGGAUGUUAUUGUCUCGUUGUUCUCUUGAAACAAGUGAACAAGUGGAUUAUUAUGCCAAUGUACCUAUUUAUUAUGAUGAUCGUACGUUGAUAUCUCAUUGGUAUAGAAGAUGGUCGAUGGGUAAAGAAGCAGCUGAAGAAUAUAUUCGUCAAGCUCACUUGUUGGGUGAAUCCACCACUACUGAAGAAGAAAAGAAUAUAUCUCAUGAUAAGGGUGAUUCUGUAUCUCAACAAUUGAAAGAUGAAGUAGUAACUUCGAAAGAAGAAGCUGUGCGUGGGACUUAUCAAGAAGCAUCUCACACACUGUUAGAAGAUAAUAAGCGUUGAUAUGAUGAUAAAAAGAGUUGUUGUGUGUGCUUUUGUGUGAGUUUGAAAAUAAAGUAUGGACAAAUGAG